AUGGACUGCCUUGGAAUGGACGACCAGGGGGGGCCUGCUCUCUCGGUCGUCCAGAAGACUCUGCUUCGACCUUGUGACCUGUUCUGGGCUCACGCUGCGCGGCACCAUUGUGGCUGUGAUGCUCCCAAGUGGAUGAGGGGCGAAGCUCCCGGUGGCCCUGAACAGCUCUUUGCGCUCUUGCGGCGAGGCAACUUAAUGAGGCGGCAGACUUUGCGAGGCGCGACUCUUGUCUCCUGGACUCGGCCCGACUUGUUAUUCGACUUGAACGAUUUAGACGGUGCAGGCCCGCGUCUGGGGCGUCCCCUGGCGGCUUACGAAUUCAUGUUCUUCAGAGACUCACGGCUUCGCCGUCUACGCAGUAACUACCGAAUGUACAUUCAGACAUCGGUCGCCACGCGUGAUUCGGAUUUUGACGGGAUGGUCGGGUCUCUGGAGACCCAGACCCGGCAUCUCGGCAGCAGAACCAAACUGUGCUUCAGGUUUACGUACUGCCAGGUACUUUGGACAGGACAGGACACGAGCCUUGUUUGCCGGCCUUUGACAGCGCAAUGCAACACGAACAAGUGA